AGCAUUAAACACGAUCACGAACACACGCACGUACGACAUUUCACUUCCGAAGCAAAACAAAAAAUGCUGUUCGAGCCGUGUGGGGACUUGUUGAAGGAUUACGGCGCGUACUGCGAGACGCUGCGUGUGACGGAGCGGGAGGAGGUGUUCAGCGCCAUCCACACCCGCACCGUCGAGGCACCGCGUCUCGCAGUCGCGGGCGAAGAGGGCGACGCAGCCAGCGUUCACACGGACGCAGAGAAGGGACGCGGUGCCGCGGGAACCGACCCAUCUCCCAAGUACAAAUCUUCUCGUAAAGCAAGCCGAGUUGGCGGGAAGGAGGGCGUGAGUGGGCGUCGAAAGAGCUCGCUGAGGAGCUCCGCAGAGGCUGCGGCGAUGCUGGCAGGCACGAUCGCUGCACCCCAGGUGCUGCACGUGACUCUCACCUCGAUCGCCCUGCAUUACCCUGUCUUUUGCCUUAAUCAGCGCGACAUGACGCCGCUGUGCCGUGCAAUUCCGCACUGCCCUUCGCUGCUCUCCAUUGAGCUGGUCGGCUGCGGGUUGAGUGUGCAGAGCUACAUGAAGUUGGUCGAGGCCGUCUACCGCAGUCCACGCGUCAUCACAGUCGCAGUGGACUUCAACGUCCCCUUCAUCGAGUACAAUCGCCAGAAGCGCUAUACGAGGUUGAAGGACACGAUGGAAUCCGGCUUCAUUCUCGACCCCACUCUUCACCCACCUGAUUACUCCACCACAGCGAAACAAGACGGCAUCACUGGCCCACUGCUGUCAACAGAGCUCACCGUAGACUCCCGCACCUCCGUGUCUUCUGCGCGUUCGCAGGAGCAAGUCUGCAACGCCAGCGCCCACACCGUGCCACCGCGGAGCAGCACGACCAUCUGUCCGACCUUUGUGGCCGGUACACGCAUGAACUCUGCCGUUGCUCCGGUGUCCCGGGGUCGCAGCGGCAGCGUUCAAAAAGCUGGCAAUGCGCCGCGAAAAAGCUCAACUUCGCUGGAGAGGCGGCAGUCGCAGGCUAGCGGUGCCGAGGCGGCCGCUGCGGCGGGGGUGGCGACGUCCCCGCACCGUCUGCCCGUCGUGGUGGAUGCGCUCCCCGGCGGACUGCCCGACGACGACAACGCGAGCACCCUUCUCUACCUGUACCCUACGCAGUACUGCAGCCUCGAUCAGCAGCCAACUCCACUGGAGUUGCAAAUACAGGAGGAAAAGGAGAAGAAAGGCAAGGUGGAUGGAAAGAAGAUGCAGCAGCUGCAGGCGCAGCGUGAACUACUACGCGCCUUCGAUCAGCAGCAUCGCAUGUCGGUCCCCAAGGCCUGGAACGGCAUCCUCUUCACCGGCAUCCAUCAAUUAAGUCUGCGCGGCAACCACAUCGACGACGCGACGGCUGGCCGGCUUGCGCAGGUGCUGCUGGACCACCAGCAGUCGCGCCUUGUUUCGCUGAAUUUAUGGGGCAACGACAUCACCGAUGCAGGGGCGGCGUCGCUGGCGCGGAUGCUGCGCGUCAACAACUUACUGCAAGUGCUCGACCUCGGCCACAACCAGCUCAGCGAUACCGGGCUACUCGAGCUGAUUGGCGUGUUCCUCAUGCAGCAGCUGACCUCGCCGGAGGACAUUUUUGCUGCGCGGCGUGCUUACCUGACUCGGCGUGGCGCCUCCGAGGAGGAGCAAAAGGCCGCGGGCUUGCCGCUCGUUCUGGCAGACAUUCCGAGCUACGAGGAUCUCUAUGCACACUGGUGGCACACCCAGCAGCAGACGGCGCAGCUCCUCCCGCCGUCGGAGUUGAGUCAGACCCAGUCAGACGGUGCGAGAGGUGGCCGUCGCAAGUCUCCUCGAGCACCGGCCCUUCUGCCAACGGCCUUUCCCGCCCCCCCUGCACGAGACACACAGUCCAGCCCCACAGCCGCGGGUAAUCCCAAACGAACCACACCCGCCAAGAACAAGUUAACCAAAUCGGAGUCCCUCACAGGCACCACCGCCUUCAACACGACCAUGAUGUCCUCCUCCGCCGCACGCGCGGCGAACAGGCACACCUGCAGCUUCGACAAGCACUGUGUGCGCGUGCGCCAUAUCGCCGACAACGACGCUGCGAUCCGCAUCCCAGGCAACACGGUGCUGGAGGUGCUGAACCUAGGGGAAAACAAACUUAUCACGGUGGCCGGCGCACGGGAGGCGGCGCGGCUGCUGCGGCUGCGCGAGCCGGUGGACGCGGCGGAGAUGUUGGCCAUGUUGGAAGUGCGCGACCCACCGGGGCUGCUCUCCGGCCUCUCUUCCCCGCCUACCUCCGUCUCCGCCACUCCCGAUGCCGCGUCGAAACGUUCGCAGGCGUCGUCGCACCGGUCAGGCGCGUCGGUCGCGACCUCGUCCACGAUGGCGUCCGACAACGUCUCGAACUCCGGCCUCCCUACGGCGGGCGUGACCGUCAUCCGUGCCCCGGAGCUGCAUUGCGCAGGUUUGCGGCUGCGCGUCUGUGAUGUGGGGAGCCAUCGCGAGUCGGACCGGGCGGCGUGGUCGGAGAUGGACGCCGCACAGGAGGAGGUCAACGCCUCUCUCGCCAUUUGGGCGGCUACACCGACAUCCGCUUGA